AUGGCAUCUCUUGAGGGCAAAGUUAUUGCAAUUACCGGUGCAGCCUCUGGCAUGGGACUUGCAACUGCAAAGUUAGUUGCAUCACGCGGCGCAAUCGUAUCUUUGGCAGACAUCAACGAAGCCGCACUUCAAACAGCGAUCGAUUCGUUGACCGCGAGCGACCAGCACUUGUAUACAGUAGUUGAUGUACGAGACAGCAGUCAAGUAGAUUCCUGGAUUCAAUCUACGGUCCAAAAAUUUGGCAAGAUCGAUGGUGCCGUGAACAUGGCGGGAGUGAUCAGUCCGGCAACACCCAUUACGGAAACAACCGAUGCGACAUGGGAUUUCAACUUUGCUGUGAACUCAACUGGUCUGUUUUACUGCCUUCGGGCACAACUGAGAGCUAUGGGUGCCAGGGGUAGCGUUGUGAACGCUGCCAGUGCUUUCGGCCAGAUGGGCUCGCCUGGAGUUUCCCCAUACUGUGCUAGUAAAGCAGCAGUGAUUGGACUGUCACGUACAGCAGCCAAAGAGAACAAGGGAAUUCGAGUAAAUUGUGUUUCCCCGGGAUCCGUCAAUACCCCAAUGUCCCAGGGCGAAGAUCCCGAAGAUGUGAAGCGAGGCUUGCAAGCUACAGCACAAAAGCGGCGUGCAGAGCCAAUCGAAGUGGCAAACGUGGUCGCAUUCUUGUUGAGCGAUGAAGCAUCGUUCGUCACUGGCGCGGUCUACAAUGUUGAUGGAGGCUGGCUGUGUUGA